GUGAGUCUAUUAUUCUUAAUCACGGUCCUUGCUAUAUCAAAACGACGACCAAGAAUUCGUGUCAUCUUCGAUAAAAAUAAGUAAGUAGAAAAAAGCAUGGUGCGAGCUGGUCACGGCGUGAUCGUGAGCAUGAAGAGUCCCUCCGAUGACCCGCGCCCGCUCGGUCUCGCAGACCACCUCAACUCCGUAUUUCAGCCUGAGUCACUCUGGGCUCCUUUCUUGUUCCCGGGUGCUGAUGUUAUGCAUUCACAAUAGAGUAGCGGUAGCAGUAGGACUAGGUUUUCAGUUUCACUUUCUUCAUAGAAAUAACGCGAAAAGCAAUCUUAAUGCUGUAGUAGUGACUGUUCAAAUAUGCUACAACAUUCUAAGCGUAAGCGCUCGACUCAAUCCCAUCAAUGGUCCUUCUUAAACACAAAAGCAAAAGACAUCAAGAGUAGGGAUCACGUUGUAAUCUCAGUUCGUUGUCUCCUUUCUUAGACAUCAUCUUCAUUCACGAUCGAGGAGAGCCGCUUCAACUCUCUUUAUUUUCCCAAUGAGAAGAAAGCCUUACCCUUUGAUGCAGCGGCCUUAGCUUCAUAAGCUUCUCCGACAUGCAUUGUAGUGACAACAUCUUCUAAUUGUUAAAGAGGCCAAGCUCAUUCGCAACUAGAAAGAGAUGUAGUGCGAGUGGACGCAUCCCGUGGACACGCCUCAUCUUCCGCCUUACUCCGUGGAGAGCAUCGACCUGUGAGGAAGAUAUCAAGUUACGCCAACAUAUGUUUGAUAUCAUCUGCUCAGAGCAGAUUUUGUCCUGGUAAUCGUUAUCUUGAGAGUAGGCUAACCAUGUGGUAUUUUUCCCGCCCAUUAUAUUUACCAGCAGAUCUGGAUGAUUUGCAGGAUGAAAUCGUAUUGUGCCUAGUAUGAGAUCAUAUAGGAGAGGAAUAUUGACUGAUUGUGAUCGCGUUCGUACUUCUAAAUCACAGGGCAUGCCGAUACUAUCCUGGUAGAGUCUGGGGUUGGAGCGGAUGAGCAUAGUAGAAGCAGUAGACAAGUUGUCUUUGAUGCGGGAGUGAGUCCUGAGAGCGCCGUCGCUAGCGAACACGAGGCAACACUUUACGUGCUCGGCGCGACAAUUGCUUCCGCAGCAAGCUGCAUGGUUUUCCGGAGAUUUCUUGUGUACAGAAAAGCAUCGUCUGGUACUUGCUAGCAAGAUUUUCAUGAUCGAAAAUUUCUGCUGUGAUCUUUAACAACUACCACUUCUACAACGAACUAGUACAAAGUACUUCUUCUACUUCAACUACGAUUGGUGUUUUCUUUUUGUUUUUAUUUUUGCGCCUGCCACUAAUGUGAAAAAAUAACUCAACGCAAAGAGACGAGGAAUCAUAUAUCAGAGUAAGUAGUUUAUUGCACGCAUGGUGCAUGGAGUAGCAUGGAGCGCAUGGAGCGCAGAGCUUUAAGGGGCGCAAGAAGCUCCCCCUUUAGCUCCAUGCUACUCCAUGUGAUCAAUGCACUCCAUGCCAUGCGAGCUGUGAAACCCUAUAAAUUGCUCUGAUUAUAGAAACCACCUCGUCUCACACUCAUGAAUUGAAUGGUCGACGCCAAGAAUAAUUUUUUUGCGUCAUCCGAACACUCUCGCUGCAUCAUUCAUCGUCGUUGAUUGAAAAUUUAACUUUUCCUGGGACAGCUCUACUAGAGCUUCAAUGUGAUACGGUGCCUUAGACAGCCCAUCUUCAACUGUAACACGGAGCGACCACAUGACAUUAGCACAGCUAGAGCUACUUUGCUUGCAGCAUGAUCAUCAUGAAAAUUAUGACUAUGACAGCAGGUGUAAAGAACAAGGGUGCUGAGGAAAAGGAGCAGCUAAUAGGUGGAGACGUUGACGCCUCCAGCAAGUCUAAUGCUGCUGCGAGUGGACUGAAAGCCUCGUAUUUGGCUGUCUGGCUUCUGGCCAUGGCGGCAGAUUGGCUUCAAGGACCAUACGUGUACGCCCUCUACGCGGCCUACGGGUUGUCGCAUCAGACGAAUUCUUAAGACUACAGGUACCACUUCUUGUUUUUCAUUUUUUCGUCUACUUAGGAGGGCCGUGAUUGUUAAUUAUAUAUUUCAAGCUACUUCUUCUCUAGUACGCCCAUAGUCGGACUCGGAUGAAUGUGCCCUUCAAUUUCAACAAAGGGAAUGAACUAAGGUGGCGCAUAUGCAUGAAUAUGAAACGACACGGCACCCUUUGAGUUUGAAGCCAGAACGAUGAAAGACUACAAUUCAAAUUCUAUGAAUUUAUGUUUGUCUUUGUGGUGCAACUUCUAAAGUUUUAUUCUUUUUAUCUUCGGUUUUGGUGCCUCCAUGUUCUUCGGAGUGUUCGUCGGAGGUUGGGCAGAUUGGUACGGGCGACGGCGCUUAGCUGUGGGUUACUGCUUGAUCUACGCGCUGGGGUGCGCAACGAAGCACUUCGCGAACUUUUGGGUCCUGGCGGUUGGUCGCGUCUUGGCUGGGAUAGCUACGUCGCUGCUCUACAGUGUUUUCGAAACCUGGUUGGUGUGUGAGCAGCAGCGUUUGCGGUUGCCGGCGGGAGAGUUCCUCGGCGACGUUUUUUCCUGGGGCAUCUUCCUCAACAGUAUUGUCGCUAUUGGCAUGGGCUUCGUGGCUGAGGCCGCAGCCAGUCUCACGCCACUCACUAAUGUGAUGCCCACGGUCUUUGGGGAAAACGUUCUGUACAUCGGACAGUACUGCGCCCCCUUCGAUCUGUCCGCUGCUGUUCUACUUGCAACGGCUAUACUCAUCCAAACCACGUGGCGGGAAAACACCGGCGAAACGACACCGGAGAAGGAGCAGAUGAGCUUGUCUCAUCCCGUCUCUCCCGAGACUCUCAAAAAAGCAGGAAGCCAGAGAGCGAAUUACGGUACAGCACCAGCGUCCGAUACUGAUGCGAGCCUCAGCACCACAACGGGCUCUGAUACCGCAGAAACAUUGAGUGGGCGUACUCGAGGCAGAGAGGGAAAUACGGGAAAUAGAGGAGAAAGCUCGAUUAAGGCUACAACUACGUAUUUUUACAAGCCUCUCAACGUGGCCCUUAAGAACGUAUUCAGUUAUAAGACGUAUCUUCUAUCCUCGGUGAUGUCAAUUAUUUAUCUGCCCUAAGUUUCGGCUUCUGCUCCCUAAGUUAAUUCAUCAUGCAGUAGAACAAGUGAAAGGAUUGUGUUCUACAUAGAGAUCUCGUACUAGAAAGUCGUACUAGAAGUACUAGUUGUACUCUACUUCUUCGUUGCAAGUAGCGGACGAGUGAGUAUCUAGGGUCUUGUAAACUAGAAAUAUGAAGCCAAUAUCGAUGCAAGCCAUAAAAAAGGCACGACGAGCAGCACCGGAGACGAGGAGAGCCCUUGCGUGGCUUCAUUUCCGAGCCUCGAAAAUACUACAACAUCAACGGCUUCAAAACUAGUACAACCUUCUUCAACAGGAGCAGGGUCUUCAGCUUGGUGUACAUUGUGCGAUGACCGAAAAAUUCAAUACCUGAUGCUCAUUUGCAGUUUCUUCGAGGCUUCGAUGUUCAUUUUUGUCUUCGAAUGGACGCCCAUAGUCAUCUUAAGUACUGGGUUACUCCUCGUUGUCAUGCUUCAUCAUGAAAUCUCAUGAUCUACUCACUUGUUAAGAAGUAGAAGUAGCUAGUGCAGGUUACUUGUCUUUCAUCGUGAUGAUCUAUCUUUUUGUUCUUUGGCAGGUUUGUCCUGGCAAGAAGAAGAGGUGGCGCUCCUCGAGAUUUCAAGAAUGAAGUACUUACAACGAAAUACGGACAAUCAACAUCCAGUUACCUAUUCAUCAUGACUCACUAGGUCCUGACGAGCUUGCUUACGUGAUCUCCAUCGCUUCGGUGAGGACACAGUUUACUGCACGGUAAGAAAAUUAACUGCUUCUACCUCUAAUCACCGGCGCAAAUCCAGCUAGCAAAUCCCAUCCUUUCGGUCUGGUAUUCGCAGCUUUGAUGACUGGAUGCAUGAUCGGGAGUACGUUGUUCCAAACGGCCACCGACACCUUUUACGAUACAAGUCCAGCUUCUUCGUCUACACCAGAUCAUAAGUAAUACCCGCGGCUUCUGUAGUACGUAGAAUUCCAACUACACUAUCGGCAUCCGCUCAGUGCAAUGUCAGUGUAUAUAUAACUGUUUUCCGCAAUAGUGUGUAAUGGUGUAAAAAAUAACUAGCGUCAGUGCUAGACGUUUUGUUUUUCUAACCUUUUGAAUGCAGUCCAGCAUUCGUAGCGCAAGCACUGGUUCUGGUAGCAGCUGCAGCACAUUUUACGAUGAGUCGAGCUAGUGCGGCUUUUGCAGAAGAGAGCAAGUCAGAUACACCUUUCGGAGCAGAAGACAUUAUGAAGAGCACCUCCAGCUCCGUCAUGAUGGUAGAUUAUACUACAUAGAUUGAUCAAGAUCAUAUUAGAAACACGACCACUAAAAGUGAACCAAGACAACUUGGUUUUCAUCUGAGAAUUCUAGUCGGAGCUCGUCAUCUUCGCAAUCCAUUAAUUAUCUUCUAUUUGUUGACAGACACUACUGAAAGUCUCUUUCUCAAAAUUUCUCGUACUUGAUUUUCUCUCGUUUCUCUUUCUUGAUCUUAUUCUUCUAAUGUGGUCUCGGGUGGGAUGACGCGAUACGUGCUGUUGUUGUCGUGCUUCGUAAUCUUCGAGGCUUGUGUGGGGGCGUAUUGGCCAGCGAUCUCGAUCCUGAAGAGUCAGAUUGUUCCCGAACCGCACCGAGCCACGUUGUAUAACUUCUUUCGAGUGCCGCUGAAUCUCCUCGUUGUUUUAUGGGAAAAACCAUUGUAAUUUCACGCCGGAUCACGACUCCUCCUGAUCGAGCACGACUCUCUUCUUGAAGAUAAAAGAUAGAAACACUGUACUUGCCUUGUCAAUGUUGAACUCAAGCUCAACAACUCGUCUCCCACAAAUUACGCUGUCGCUGCAUAUAGAGAGAUAUUGAUAUAACCGCUCCUUCUAUUUGCUUUGAGAAGAAGUACUACUCUUGUCGAAGCCAUCGUCAAAUAAGAAUUCUACUGGAGCAACAGCUGCACCAACAUGCGGGGGGCUUCUAGUUACUCCCGCCUAUUAUAGUUCUACCAGAAGAAGUAUGAUUUAUUAAAGGACAUAUUCCAGAGCUAGUCCCAUCUUCUUUGGUGAGGUACUCCUCGAUGACCUUCACUAUCACUCCACGCACUUUCUGCGCAUUCCUCGUGCUGUUGGUCUUGAAUGGUCUAACUCUUGUCGCGCUGCUGUCGAACCUGUCCUCGUCCGUCGCUCUCCUGAUUACGACGGCUUUGCUUUGCACGAGCGGCGUUCUCUUACGACUGUUGGAGGCGGAACAAUGCAAGAACAUGUAGAAGUAGAAGUAGAAGUAAAAGGGUCUUACGCGAGAUUUUAGUAGACUUGCUACCUGUGUUGUACUUGUACCAGCGAACGACCCCGUGGCAGAUCCAUUUAUCCACUUGUUAUCUUGUUCCACCCCCUUCACUUUUUCAUGAACAUGAUCAUCUGUAGCGCAUUAGCCAGAACUAGUAGUUUAUAUAUAAGUACGUACCACUAGUACCAGACCGAUUUGCAUUAGAUUUACAGCCUCUUCAUCUGAUGUAGAUGUUCAUUGUAUGCGGAACGACCUCCGUUCGCUUCCUUGAUACACUUCUCAGUUUUUUUCUACAGGUACAGGCUCUUGGAACUUUAGAUUUCAAAACAGCAUGAUGAUUCCUCCUAGGAUGCGGAUGGAGUGGUUGACUGCUCCGAAGUAGGUUUUCAUGUCACAAUGACAGAGACCUCGAGCUUGAUUCCCUUGGAUUCGUGUGCUGCGCCUCUGCUGGUCGCGUCGGGCGCGCGAAGCCUAUGGGUUUGCAUGCUGCGUUAGCUAGAACUAAACCAGGUGGGGGUUCUUAUCUCAGUACUGAUUAUGAGCGAUCUGCCACUAGGUUACUAGCUCUAGCGCUGAUCCCAAUUCAAAUGCUUCUAAUGUAGAUCUAUAUUAUUAAUACACUAAUUACUAGAUCUUGAUUACUACUUUCAGCACCUCUCAUGAACAACAUCAUUGUUUUACUUUUAGAAGAGCUAGCACCGACCUAUGUAUGAGUAUACCAUACAUAGGCUUUGCAUGUAGUUUCCAUGGUUGAUUAUAUCUUUAUCUGAAUCUGACUCGCAAAUCGCAUAGUCCCAGGAGGUGCGAUGUUUCUUUUCUGUAAUAUGUAGAAGAGUUAAUACUCUGCAAUUUGAUCAUAAGUCCUAUCGCUGUCAAUCGCUAUGCAUAACACGAGACCCUAUCGAAAGAGUUAAACCCGAGGUCGCAGACGCCAUAGCAGACAAAAAGGAUAAGUAUGCAUUCUCGAACAGUGAUAGAGGCACGUUGAUAUACAUGUUGUAGAGGACGCUGGUGCUUUUUUUUCCGGAAGCAAGAAACAUUGAUGCAGAACAAAGAAAAAAUGGUAGUUCACCCUUCAAG